CCAUGGCUGCUUCAUUGAAUUCUCCAUUUGUAUUGCUGGCGGAUAACCCAUUUGAUUUAGAGCUUUCUAAAUGGCAUUUCCUGCUCCAAUCUCGGUUUCACGAGAUCCUCGUUCUCCCUCGUCCAAUUCAUGCGCUGAGCUUCAUGGGCUUGUGUCGAAUUCAUCGAAGAUCUUUGGUCGGAAACUGAAAUCUGGGAAAGGGGAGAAACUCCGUUUGAGAUUGUUGUCGCAUUCAAGGAGCACUCAAAGUUUAUCUUUAAGGGCUUCUAUGGGUCCUUCAGGAUUUACUCAACAACUUGAAAACAAGAAGCUAGCGACUGUAACUGAGGCUGAAGAUGGGUGUGACAUAUUUCAUAAUAUCAGGGACAGGUUUUUAGGUUUUAAGAAGAAUAACUACUUGAAAAACAUUGAGCAAUUCCAAAAUCUGGCCAACGGUCAGGCACCGAAGUUUAUGGUUAUUGCUUGUGCAGAUUCUAGGGUUUGUCCCUCUAAUAUACUGGGAUUUCAACCAGGAGAGGCAUUCACUAUUCGUAAUGUUGCUAAUUUGGUACCUCCAUUUGAGAGUGGACCCUCUGAAACAAAUGCUGCAUUAGAAUUUGCUGUGAAUUCCCUUAAAGUUGAGAAUAUCAUGGUCAUUGGCCACAGCUGCUGCGGGGGAAUUUAUGCCCUUAUGAGCAUGCAGGAUGACACAAAUGCAAGCUUUAUCAAAAGCUGGGUGGUAGUUGGGAAGAAUGCGAGAAUGAAAACUGAGGCUACUGCUUCUUCUCUCGACUUCGAGCAGAAGUGCAGGCACUGUGAGAAGGAAUCAGUUAACAAUUCCUUAUCAAACCUGCUUACAUACCCAUGGAUAGAAACAAAGGUCGCGAAUGGGGAACUCUCUAUUCACGGGGGUUACUAUGACUUCACCGAGUGUACAUUUGAGAAGUGGACAUUGGAUUACAAGAAUACCAAAAUGGAGCAAAGUGGCAGAUUCGCAGUCAAAGAUACAAUGUUUUGGAGUUGACUUUACUUUUUUCCUUCCAUAAAAGUGGCUGGCUGUAUUUCUCUUCAGAAGUUUGUUGUUGUAUGUGCUUGUAUCCUUGAAGGAGAUAAGAAGAAUGGACUGAAUAAUGUAGUUCUGUACAAUAUAUAAAAUAUUGUAAUUCAAUUCAUGUUAAGAAAUCUCUAUAAUGUGCUGCUUUCACUU